GCAGUCAGUUGGGGUUUGCAGUGUGAGUGCACUCAGGGGAGUGAUGCUCAUUUUGUGUAGGGACAGACUCAGUGCACAGAGUUAUACACAGAGCAGGGUCUGAUGGUUCAUUAUAAUAAUAUUAAUAAUAAGCAGCUGGGCUGAGGACUGACCCUGGGCUGGCUGUGAGAUCCCUGGAGAGGACUGUGACAAUAUGGCCGAUCAGCACACCCACUGGAAUUCAGACCCACCAUCAAAUUUCUCUGACUGUCCCAAUGGUUCCAGAUGGAUCAUGACUGUGUUUAGUGAGUGCGCAGUCGAUGGACGAGAUGUGUCCAGUGUGUAUCUGGGGUUAAUCUCCAUCCUGUGCUUUUUCUUUGCAUCCUUUCCACAGUAUUACAAAUCCUGCAAGACUGGGAACAUGGACAAAGCUCUCUCCAUCUGGUUCCUCCUAGGAUGGCUGGCCGGUGACACGUGUAAUCUGGUUGGUGCCUUUCUAUCUCACCAGCUCCCUCUACAGACGUAUACAGCUAUUUACUAUGUCAUAGCAGACUUGGUGAUGCUCGUCCUGUACAUAUAUUUCAAGUAUCGGAAUCUGGGCCUGACAUCGUCUCGUGGAAUUAACUCAGUGUGUGGCUUUGUUCUGUUCGGAUCAUUGGCAGCUAUUUCACUUCACAGGGGAGUUGGACGUCCUUUGGUGGACUAUGAAGUUAGGAUACACAGCAGAAUGUUGCUAUCGUACGAUGGUUCGGGGUCCACGUCAUUCUCCAAUCAAGAUAUUAUUGGGAUGGCAAUAGGAUCCGUCUCAUCGAUUCUUUAUCUGGGUUCCAGGCUGCCACAGAUUGUCACUAAUUUCCGGAGGAAAUCCACAGAGGGUCUGGCCCUUUCUCUGUUUUGCCUAGUAAUUCUGGGUAAUCUGUUUUACGGGCUAAGCAUUCUCCUAAAGAACCCAGACAACGGACAGUCAGAGAGUGACUACAUCCUGCACCAUCUUCCGUGGAUCGUCGGCAGUCUGGGGGUGAUGUCACUUGAUGUCUUUAUCAUAUGUCAGUUCUUUACUUUCAGUAAAAUCGCUCAAGAGAGUGACACAUCGGAGAGAGACCCUCUCCUCCCGAAAUCCAGCUGAUCCAACCAUGCAGUUUACUCCCCAGACGACAAAUGACAAGAGAUUCAGAAACUGACGUAUCCAAAGUUCACCAUCUCACACAGCAUACAUAAAAACCUAAUUUUACUUUUGUAUUUUUUUUUUUUUUAACAUUUGACAGAAUUCAGUCUCUUUCUCUUAAUAUAAAAAAUGAAUUGAGCUGCAAAGCUGCUAGUUUGGGUGGAGUGGAGUUUAUUUGGGUUUAAUAAUGUGCAUUUAACCCUUUACCAACAAAUAUAUUUAUUUUAAGCCAUCACCACUCCCCCAGACAUUACAAGGUUGAUAAAACAGAUUUUUAAAUGGUUCAGACACACAAAAGGGGGAACAAGUUAUAUCAGCACUUUAGGAUUCGUUUUAGAAUGUUUUUUCGAUAACUUGGGAAUAUUUUGUAUUAAAUUGUAGAUUGUUUACAUAAUCUCGCCGCUUACGAGAAGCACAGACCUAAUUACUGCUCCUGUCAUCUGUGAUCAUUUUGCACAAUAAUUGUAGAAGGGAAACGGCUCAGUCUAUGAGACUCGGGGCAUUUUACGCAGCGGCAGACAGAGCAGAUUCUAGUUGUGGGAGAGCCGCAGUCGGGCUCUUACAUUGGCCAAGUACCAGGUGUUUGCUUUUCAGAAUUUUU